CAAGCUUCUUACUUAUGCAACUGUCUUACUCUUUCCUGAAUUGGCAGCUGAUUGGUUCUGGUUUGCAAAGAAAAAAAAUGUUUGACUGAUCAUAUAGUGAUUGUAAUGUGGGAAUGGAAAAGCUGUCAUUUGGAGAAAUGAAAAUCUUAGUUUUGUUGGAACAACUGGUGCUACUUUUUGGUUGCACAAACAGGCUGGUAAGGAGAGUGCCUAUAUCUUGUCAGGACCAAUAGUGCCAUGUCUGUGCUGAGGUCAAUAUUGCCAUGUCACAGAGGCAGAUUAUUAUUGGCCUUCAAAGGCUGGCGUUCCACAAAAUCUCUGUCAUUCUCCUCUUUCUGGUGCAAGUUAUACUCAAGUGGAAGUUACAAUGAGGUAUUAUCAAAUGGUGUUGCAAGCAAGAAAAAAGAUUUCGAUUUUGAGCGUUUAUUCCACUCCUGUACCAAAAUCUACAUUUUGAAGUGCCUUCAUGCCCUACUCAUUGUGUCAGGGAAGGCUCAGAGUAUCUUUAUUGGCACUAGACUUGUGAAUCUUUAUGCUCACUUGGGUGACGUUUCUUUGUCACAGAAGACUUUCUGCUUGAUAGAGAAUAAAGAUGCUUAUACCUGGAAUUCUAUGAUAUCAUCUUAUGUUCGUAAUGGCCAUUUCCGUGAAUCCCUGAAUUGUUUGAAUGAAAUGUUGUCCACAGCUGAUGUUAAGCCUGACUUUUACACUUUUCCUCCAGUGUUGAAAGCUUGUAAUAGUAUAAUUGAUGGUGUAAGGAUACACUGCUGGGCUUCAAAACUUGGGUUAGAGUGGGAUGUAUUUGUAGCUGCCUCCUUGGUGCAUAUGUAUUGCCGUUUCCAAUCUUCUGGUGUUGCCUUUAGAAUUUUUAAGGACAUGCCUUAUCGGGAUAUGGGUUGUUGGAAUGCUAUGAUAUCUGGGUUUUGUCAGAAUGGAAAUGCUACGGAUGCAUUGAGCUUGUUGGAUGAGAUGAGAUUAGAGGGUAUAAAAAUGGAUACAGUGACUAUUGCAGUAGUACUUCCUAUAUGUGCACAGCUUGGUGAUAUUGUGCAUGGAUUGUCAAUUCACUUGUAUGUUAUAAAGCAUGGCCUAGAAUUAGAUGUCUUUGUGUCGAAUGCUUUAAUAAACAUGUAUGCCAGAUUUGGUGAGUCAAGGCAUGCACAAAAAGUAUUUGAUGAUAUGAUGGUAGUAAGAGAUUUAGUAUCAUGGAACUCUUUAAUUGCUGCAUACGAGCAGAAUAAUGUUCCCGAAAAAGCACUGAAGUACUUUCAAGAGAUGAUGAUAAAUGGGAUUCAGCCUGACUUGUUGACAUUGGUGAGCUUAGCUUCUAGUAUAGCUCAAACCAAAGGUUUUCGUUGUUGCAGAUCGGUUCAUGGAUUUGUAUUAAGGAGAUCUUGGAUUCAGGAUGAUGUUAUUAUGGGUAAUGCUGUUGUGGAUAUGUAUGCGAAGUUGGGUCUUAUUCAUUGUAGUCGUAAGGUUUUUGACGAGAUCCCUAUAAAGGAUGUAGUGUCAUGGAACUCAAUGAUCACAGGUUAUGCUCAAAAUGGACUUGCAAGUGAGGCUAUUGAAAUUUACAACAUGAUGAAAGAGUGUGAUGACAUAGAACCAAACCAAGGAACUUGGGUGAGCAUUUUGCCAGCUUAUGCUCAUCUAGGGGCAUUGCAAGAAGGAACAAGGACUCAUGGGCAUGUUUUCAAAGUAGCUCUUAAUUUGGACGUCUUUGUUAGUACGUCCCUCAUUGACCUUUAUGGAAAAUGUGGAAAACUGGAUGAAGCCAUGUUAUUGUUUCAUGAGGUGCCUAGAAUGAGUUCAGUCCCUUGGAAUGCCAUAAUAUCAUGUCAUGGUAUUCAUGGAAAUGGUAGGGUUUCUCUGAAACUGUUUAAUGCUAUGCUGAAUGCAGGUGUUAAACCAGAUCAUGUAACAUUUUUAUCUCUAUUGGCUGCUUGUAGCCAUUCAGGCUUAGUUGAUGAGGGUAAAACUUACUUUCAUAUGAUGGAGCAAGAGUUUGGCAUUAAACCUGUUCUAAAGCACUAUGGCUGCAUGGUUGAUCUGCUUGCCAGGGCUGGGGGCCUAGAAACGGCGUACCAAUUUAUAAAAAACAUGCCUUUGCAACCAGAUGCUUCAGUUUGGGGUGCUCUUCUUGGUGCAUGUAGAGUACAUGGAAAUGUUGAGCUGGGUAAAUUGGCUUCAGAUAAUUUGUUUGAAGUUGAUCCAGAGAAUGUUGGCUACUAUGUAGUGCUGUCCAACAUCUAUGCUAAUUAUGGGAAAUGGGAGGGGGUGAAUGAAGUGAGAUCAUUGGCUAGAGACAAGGGGUUGAAGAAGACUCCUGGAUGGAGCUCAAUUGACCUAAACAAUAAGAUUGAAGUCUUUUAUACAGGAAAUCAGUCUCAUCCACAAUGCCAUGAGAUAUAUGGGGAAUUAGGUAUUUUAACUGCUAAGAUCAAGACCUUAGGUUAUACUCCAGAUUAUACCUUUGUAUUACAAGAUGUCGAGGAUGACGAGAAGGAACAAAUCCUUACCAGUCAUAGUGAGAGAUUGGCUAUUGCUUAUGGAAUUCUUAACACUCCUCCUAAAAGUCCUUUACGGAUCUAUAAAAAUUUACGGGUUUGUGGCGACUGCCACAAUGUAACUAAACUAAUUUCUAAGAUUACAGAGAGAGAGAUUAUUGUAAGGGACUCCAAUCGCUUUCAUCACUUCAAGAAUGGUGUUUGUUCCUGUGGGGAUUACUGGUAACAUAUGCCCAUAGUUCUGCAGAGAAAUUUAAACCUUUUAAGGUUGGCAUCAUUAUGCUGUAGCUGCUGCAAGAAAUGUAAUUUGUUCUUCUCAAGCUGUUGUACUGUA